AUGCAGAAAAGAGUUGCGUAUGCUGAACUCCUUAACAGUAAGUUGCGCAGUGAUAAACUACUGGCACGUCGUGAUGCUACACGAGUAGCAAAAUUAAAAGCGUUUCUUAAUCAACACCAGCAUGCCAGUCAAUGGUCACAAUGCAUCGCUGCAUUAAAUGAUGCUGCACAGCAUAAUAUUACACCUUCAAGUGAAAUGUUGUCUGAUGCUAUUCAACGUUGUGGAAAACGAGGAAUGUUAAAUGUGGCACGUCGUAUUUAUACUGAUUUUCACCGAGAGAUCAAUAAACCUCGUUCUAUGCAAGUACAUCUUUCCUAUAUGGCUGCUUGUGCAGACUGUGGAGAUUUCAAAGAGGCUCAUAAUCAAUUUUUGCGUCUGCGACAACGUGAUACAGUUCUCUUGCAGAAGAACGCAUCCCAUACACCAAUUGUAAAUGAUGAAUUUACAUCUGAGUAUCUUCGUGCGGCAUUAGUGGCAUCUACCAAUUUUUAUAAUGAAUCACAUUCCAAAGAUCCUACAGUAGUGGAGAAAACAGAGAAGAAUUUGAAUGAUAAUAGUGGUGAUACAAAUGAUAAUAAUUUACCAUGGCAGGUGGCCUUAAGGGAAUUUAUUUCACUCCGAAAAGGCAAUGAAGGUUUUCGGAAGCAUGUGGAAUUAACACCUGUUCUAGUGGAACGAGUGGCACGGCUCUGGGAGGUUGGUGGGGAGUGGGAGAAGUGUCUCCACUUUCUUCACAGCUGUGCGCAGCAGAAUAUCCUUAUUCCACCGGAGGCAUAUGAUGCGGCAAUUCGUCUUUGUUACCGUCACGGCCAACAUGUGGAGGUUGUGGGGCAAAUGCGAGAGAUGAUCGCAACGCGUUCGCCACCGGAUGAACGUAGUGUUCGUCUCGCUGUUAAUUCCUGUGAAGAAGUUUCCGCCAUGGAGAGACAUGCGUUAGUGCCGAAUCCCAGCACCUGGGCUCUCGCAGUUACUCUCUUUGAUGCCAUGCAAAAUAACGGUUUGACGAUGUAUCAGCAAAGCUAUGAAUCCCCUUUGCGGUCUUGUGUUAUGGCAGGAAAGUGGGAAGAUGCGAUGCGCAUUCUAAAAAUAAUGAAAAAAGAUAAUCGUCCAAUAUCUUCACAAGUGUACAGAUUGGUAUUAGCAUCUCGUAUUGAGGCAAGUAGUUCUUUUGAUGAAGCACAGCGAUUUGCGCAACUCCCUGUUAUGCAAAACGGUGGAGCAGUAGUAUAUAUGUCACUUUUACGUUGUUGUAUGAAACUGCGUGAUUGGAAACAUUUUGAUCGUCUUAAUAAGGAGAUGCGGGAUCGUGAAUACCCUGAAACAUUUGAUAAGAUGCGUCUUCUUAUUGAAGCUGCCUACUUGCGUGGUCAGUGGCAUAGUGCUUUAAUGCGCUUUGCUCGUUUUGAUAACAUUGCAAAUCACGAGUACAAACGCGUGGUUGAGGAUAAAUUAGUACGCUUGUACCAGGAGGAUUUUGAUGUACCCGAUAGUAUUCUGGAUAUGGUACUCGAGUCCUAUGAACAUAUGAAGGAUCAUAAGGAUCCAAUGGUUCAUGUGGCGUACAGAGCUGCGCUAAAACGAAAGGCAAAGGGUAAGGCACAGCUUUCGUUCUCAUCACUGAACGAAGCAGCAACUCCACCGCCACCAGAAUGGAUGUUUUCACACACGGAGAGAGAAAAUCAGACAUCUCCAAAGUUUUUUUGA